UCAAAGCAUCAAUCGUCGACGUCAUCCCAGGUUCCUUUUCGUCCGGCGUCCGCCAUUCUCUUUUCGGUAACACUUACCGUACGUCGUGACGUUUGCCGUCGGUGCCGCUUACCAGUCGGAUUUUUUUAUUUUUCUCAAAUUAGUUUUUACUAAACACUGACCGUUUAAGAUGGCCGCUGGAAAGAAACAGAAAAAAGCUUUAGAAAGCAUCAACACCAAGUUGGCUCUUGUCAUGAAGUCUGGAAAAUGUGUCCUUGGCCUGAAGCAAUCGUUGAAAACCCUAAGACAAGGAAAAUCUAAGCUGGUCAUCAUUGCUAACAACACAUCUCCGUUAAGAGUAUCAGAGAUUGAGUACUAUGCCAUGUUGUCUAAGACUGAUGUUUUCCAAUACUCAGGCAACAACAUUGAAUUAGGUACCGCAUGUGGUAAAUACUUCAGGGUUGCUACGUUAUCAAUCACCGAUCCAGGUGAUUCAGAUAUCAUCAAAACUAUACCUACUGACCAAGCCAACCAAUAAUUGCUAUGAAAUUGUGUAUUUUGAUUUAAUAAAUAUUAUUUCUCAACAUCA